AUGGCCGUGACGUACGACGAGGCGAUGGGGACGCUCUGCGCCAUGUUCGACACGUUCGACCGCGAGACGAUCUCAUGCGUGCUCGAGAUGAACCGCGGCCAGCUCGAGAGCACCAUCGACACGCUCCUCGGGAUGCAAGCCGAUAUGAACGGCGAGCCGGCGCCGGUCGAGCCGCUAUCCGCCGCCCGCGCCCGCGUCGCGCUGCCCGACGACUUCUUGCGCCUGCCAGGCUACACAUCGGCGAUGGAGCAGGAGGCGCAGGAUCGCAUGAUGGCUGAGAUGCUCCAGAACGAAGACUUUUUCCGCAACGAGCUCAUGGCCGACAGGGAGUUCAGCGCCUACUUGGGAACGCCGCCGCACCACGCACGGGCCUCGCCCACGCGCCGCCUCUCGAACGAAAAGUCGGCCAUGGAGGUCGCCAACGAGACGCUGACUGCAGUCUCUGGCAAGCUCUCGACCAUGAGCGUUGCAAUGCGCAACAAGAUGUACGCCAUGUACUCGCGCUUCCAGACCCGGAACGACUCGGCGGCGCAUGCCGACCCCGGAAGUCGCCGCCGCCUCAUGUCGAUGAGCGACGAAGAAGACGACGACGAUCGCCGACGACUGGCCAACGAUGAGCACGAUACGAUGCACCGACGCAAGACGUCAGCGACCGAAGACGACGCGGCCGUGGUCCAUCGCGGUCCGACAGACGCAGCGUCGUCCUGGGGGCAUUCCAAGUCGGACUAG